UAUUGCGACAGACCUAACCAAGACACUUCCUGCAAGGUGCAGUAACUGCAUUAGCAGACAGAUUCAAAGGGAGGAGUCAAGAACUGACUGUAAAAUACCAAGAACAUAAAAAGGAAAACUAUUUACAAGCAAGAAGUCAACAUCCACACAUCAUCACAAAUCAACUGCCUGCAACAAGACAGUGGAAAUGGCUGCUGCACCUGAAAAGGAUCUCAGGAUCGUUCUUGUUGGGAAAACUGGAGUCGGCAAAAGUGCAGCAGGAAACACCAUUUUAGGGAGGAAAGCUUUUAAAUCUGAACUCGCUUUUUCCUCUACAACAUUAGUGUGUGAAAAGGAAACCGAUGUUUUUGCUGGUCUAAAUCUGGCUGUUAUUGAUACUCCAGGUCUGUUUGAUACAGACAAAAGUAAUAAAGAGGUUGUGACAGAGAUCACUAAAUGCAUCUGCAUGGCGGCUCCUGGUCCUCAUGUCUUCCUGAUUGUGCUCCAACCGACCAGAUUCACUGAAGAAGAAAGAAAAACCGUGGAAAUAAUCCAGACAAUGUUUGGAGAAGAAGCAGCCAAAUACACCAUGGUCCUGUUCACCCAUGGAGAUUUGCUGAAAAAGGUAAACAAGACGAUGGAAGACAUGUUGCAAACAUCCCAACCUCUAAAACAGAUUAUCAGUCAGUGCUCCAUCCUGGAGAAAUUUGAAGAUAAAUAUCAUGUUUUUGACAAUGAAGCUAAGGAUUCUGCUGAAGUCAAGGGACUGGUGCAGAAGAUCAACAGAAUGUUUCAGAGAAAUGGAGGAAGUUUCUACACCCAUGAAAUGUUUCAAGAAGCACAAAGAGCUGUCCAAGAAGAAGAAGAACGACUGCUCAGAGAAACUCCAACCAUCAAACCUGAGGAGGCAAGAAAGAAGGCAGAGAGAGACAACGCAUUUAUCCGUGCUCUUCUGAAGGCUCUUGUUGAAGCUGUAGCUGAAGCUGUAGUUGGAGUUGUGAAAGGAGCUGCUCUAGCAGUGAAAGAGAAGGCCUGCGUUAUACAGUGAUGUGUGUGAUGCUUUGACUGCGGUUUAUUAAACCCUGAUUUUUUAUAAAU